CUGUGUGUGUCUCUCUCUCUCCUUCUGGAAAUAACCCUCCGAAGAAUCCACAUUCUUUUCCUUUUCCCUUUCCCUGUCCACUCCUAUGUCACUCUCGUGAUUUCUUUCCCUCAAAUCCAUGCAAAAACCCUAUUCGAGAAUAGAUUUUGAUGUUGAUAGUUUGGUCCCUUUCAAUCAGUUCAUACAAUACAUACAUUUCUUGUUAUAGUUAUAUAUUUUAGCCUUUUUUUUCUUGAUCUUCCGGCCAGCGACAAAAUCGGCGGCUUCCCGAGAAAACGACCAACCAUGCAGUGGCGCGGAGUCAAAACUACCAACUAACGCAUGUUUUGUUAAGCUUAAAAGUUAAACUUGUUCCAGUUUUAUUUAAAAGUUAAAUUACUUUGGAACUUUUAGUUCUAAAUCUUACGUUUUUUUCAAACAGGUCUUUACUUACUUUCUAGGAAAAUACGCACACUUUCUUUCUUAGCUUAUCUUUGAGUGUGUUUCGAACCUUCUAUAAAUCAGUCGACAUUUCUGUAAGCUGUUUUCAAAUGGAUGGCAAGAAUUUAUCUGACCUUUUUGAGGAUACUGAGUUUGGUACUGAAGCCAACCUCGGCGGGGGCUUCACGCCGUCUCCAGACGAUAUUUUCAGUAUUCUUGAGGCUUUAGACGGGGUUUCAGACUUUAAGCCAGUAGAUGAAGUGGGAAUGUUGGUUUCUCAAAAAUUUAAUUCUUCAAGUGUUUUUCAAGAAUCUGAAACUGAAUUUGAGGUUUCACCAAAAAGCAAGAAACAGAAGGUAAUUGCAACAGCUUCGAUGGAAGUGGAAAUUGAUGGACAGCAAAGAAUUUCUCAUAUAACAGUGGAGAGGAACAGAAGGAAGCAGAUGAAUGAACAUUUGACUGUCUUGCGCUCUUUGAUGCCUUCCUUUUAUGUCAAAAGAGCUGAUCAAGCAUCCAUAAUCGGUGGAGUUGUCGAUUACAUCACUGAGUUACAACAAGUUCUACAAUCCCUAGAAGCCAAGAAACAAAGAAAAGCUUAUACAGAAGUUUUAAGUCCUCGUUUGGUUUCAAGUCCAAGACCUUCACCCCUUAGUCCAAGAAAGCCCCCAUUGAGUCCCAGAUUAUACCCACCCAUUAGCCCAAGAACCCCACAGCCAAACAGUCCCUACAAAACCUGGCUACAUUCACCUUCCAAUUCUUCUUCAAAUUCCUCCAUGAAUGACAGUGUUAAUGAACUUGUUGCAAAUUCCAAAUCUGCUAUUGCUGAAGUGGAAGUCAAAUUUUCUUGUCCAAAUGUAUUGCUCAAGACUGUUUCUCCAAAAAUUCAAGGCCAAACAGUGAAGAUAAUUUCUGCACUUGAAGAACUGUCCCUGGAAAUCCUCCAUGUGAACGUUAGCACAGUUGGGGACAAAAUGAGAAAUUCUUUCACUAUUAAGAUUGGAAUUGAAUGCCAACUUAGUGCAGAGGAACUCGCUCAGCAAAUUCAGAAAACAUUCUGUUAAGUUCACUAAUAUUAUCAUAUGUUUGGUACGUUGAAUUAAACAUUAUUCAACAAUAUAAUGAAGGAGCUUUAACAUCUCCAUGCCAGACCCUCUUUCUUUCUCUUGCUCACUUUCUCACACACAUUGACUCACUCACUCGGUAGAAAUAAAAGCGAAGGUGGGAAAGCAUCGACCGCCGUUGCUAUCACUAAUCAUGUUUAAAAUCAGCCAUGACUUGUAUUUGCAUUCAACAUUAGCAUUUUUUUAA